AUGAGCAACAACACCUCCUUCAACGAGCCCAAGGAAGACCACGCCGUGGCCGCAGACGACAAUGGUCAGCAUGGGAAUGCAGCGACCACUGUGGACCAUGAGGAUACCGUAGUGAUUGCUCUCCACCGCAUCCCGCUCGUCAACGCAGAGCGCCGCCAUCCCAUUUCAGUGUCGAAUGCGUACAGGACGCCCGCGCAGGCACCGGCCCGGAUGCCCACUUUCGGGCGGCCACAGGAGAGCCAGCGCGUGCGCCUGACUGCCGGCUUCCAGCAUGCCGCCGGAGAUGACGGAUUCAUGUCCUUCUAUGGGCUGAACAUGGAUAUGGGGCUAUUCGCUGCCAACACGCUCGUGAGUCGCGGUCGCAAAGUCUCCAGGAUAUUCGCUCACCGCAUCCCAAAGCAAACGGCGCAGCCGAACCUCGACACCGGCGUCAUGCAAUCUGCGCAGACUCAGAACGUCCAGAGCGUGGACGCGGUCGUGCAAAGGGAUGAGCCGGACGUGACCGAUGACAUGGAGGUCCAGGAUGGGCUCGACGUCGAAGACGACGAGCAUAACGACGUCUGA